AUGUACUCUCACCUUGCCCAGAUUGUUCUGAGAAAACAAGCAGGUUAUGAAAAGACAGAAGACACAUCAGAAAAGACUUCUCUAGCAGACCAAGAAGAUUCCAGACUAAUCUUUAUCAGUCAGCCCCAGUUUACCAAGUUCUGCAAUAAUCGUGUCAGCACUGCAAAGUACAAUGUCCUCACGUUCCUGCCUCGGUUCCUAUAUUCUCAGUUCAGAAGAGCAGCAAAUUCCUUUUUCUUGUUCAUCGCACUUCUACAGCAAAUACCUGAUGUGUCACCGACAGGGCGGUGGACAACGCUGGUGCCAUUACUCUUCAUCCUGUUGGUGGCAGCAGUGAAGGAGGUUAUAGAAGACCUGAAACGUCACAAUGCUGAUAGUGUUGUUAACAAGAAAGAGACACACGUAUUGAGGAACGGCGCUUGGGAGAUUGUACAUUGGGAGAAGGUUGUGGUUGGCGACAUAGUUAAAGUUAAUGGCAAAGAUUUCGUACCAGCAGAUGCUAUACUGCUGUCGUCCAGUGAACCUCAAGGAAUGUGCUACAUUGAGACCUCAAAUCUAGAUGGAGAAACAAAUCUCAAGAUCAGACAGGGUCUACAGAUCACUGCGGAAAUCAAGGACAUUGACAGUCUAAUGCGUCUCUCUGGACGGAUGGAAUGUGAGAGUCCCAACAGACACCUAUAUGAGUUUGUGGGCAAUAUUCGCCUGGAUGGACACAGCACUGUACCACUCGGCCCUGAUCAGAUCUUGCUGAGAGGAGCACAACUCCGGAACACACAGUGGGUCCACGGUAUAGUGGUCUACACAGGACACGACACCAAACUCAUGCAGAACUCCACGUCCCCCCCUCUGAAGCUUUCCAACGUGGAGCGUAUCACCAACUUUCAGAUCCUCGCGCUUUUCGGCUGUCUCUUGGCCAUUUCGUUGGUCUGCUCCAUCGGCCAGACGAUCUGGAAGUACCAGUACGGCAAUGACGCCUGGUACAUGGACCUCAACUAUGGUGGAGCAGCCAACUUUGGCCUGAACUUCCUCACGUUCAUCAUCCUCUUCAACAACCUGAUUCCCAUCAGUCUUCUGGUGACUCUAGAGGUCAUCAAGUUCGUCCAGGCUUUCUUCAUCAACUGGGACACUGACAUGCUGUAUGAAGCCACCAACACACCAGCUAUGGCCCGGACAUCAAACCUGAAUGAGGAGUUGGGACAGGUGAAGUACAUCUUUUCAGACAAGACAGGCACCCUGACCUGCAAUGUCAUGCAGUUUAAGAAGUGCACAAUUGCAGGCGUGGCCUACGGUCACAGCUCUCAGUCUACAGAGGAAGCUGGAUUUAAUGACCCCAGCUUACUGGAAAACCUCCAAAGUAAUCAUCCCACUGCUUCAGUCAUCCAGGAGUUCAUGACCAUGAUGGCUAUCUGUCACACGGCUGUCCCUGAACACAUCGACAACAAAAUCACCUACCAGGCUGCAUCCCCAGAUGAAGGCGCUCUGGUUCGGGCGGCACAAAACCUGGGCUUCGUGUUCACUGGGAGAACUCCAGACUGUGUUAUUGUGGAAUCGUGUGGAGAGGAGGAGAAAUAUGAAUUGCUGCACGUUUUGGAAUUCACAAGCACCAGGAAGAGGAUGUCAGUCAUCAUGCGCACUCCAUCAGGAAAGAUCCGCCUUUAUUGCAAAGGAGCUGACACAGUGAUCUAUGAGCGAUUAGCAGACAGCUCCAGAUACAAGGACAUCACCCUGAAACACCUGGAACAGUUUGCCACAGAGGGUCUCCGCACAUUGUGUUUCGCUGUGGCGGACAUCUCAGAGUCGUCCUAUCAGCAGUGGCUGGAGGUUUAUCAUCGUGCCUCGAUGUCUCUCCAAAACAGGGCACUCAAGAUGGAGGAAAGCUAUGAACUGAUUGAAAAGAACUUGCAGUUGUUGGGGGCCACUGCAAUUGAAGACAAACUUCAAGACAAAGUACCUGAAACCAUCGAGACCCUCAUGAAAGCCGACAUUAAGAUCUGGAUCCUGACUGGAGACAAACAGGAGACCGCCAUCAACAUAGGACACUCCUGCAAACUGCUCACGAAGAACAUGGGCCUGCUGGUGAUAAACGAGGACACCCUGGAUGGUACCAGGGAGACCCUCAGCCGUCACUGCAGCAUGCUGGGAGAUGCUCUGCACAAGGAGAACGAUUUCGCUCUCAUCAUAGAUGGAAAGACACUGAAGUAUGCCCUCACUUUUGGGGUACGCCAGUAUUUCCUGGACUUGGCUCUUUCCUGCAAGGCUGUGAUAUGUUGCAGGAAACUGAUGCCAUCAUUGGACAUUUUUCUGCACUUUGCAAAAACAUCAAGUGACUGGCAGACAAUUACAGGGAAAUGCUGCUGUGCGUUCAAGUACUUGAAGAAUCUUCUGUUGGUUCACGGCGCUUGGAAUUACAACCGUGUUGCCAAGUGCAUCCUGUAUUGCUUCUACAAGAACAUUGUGCUUUACAUUAUCGAGAUCUGGUUUGCAUUUGUGAAUGGCUUCUCCGGUCAGAUUCUGUUCGAGCGCUGGUGCAUCGGCCUGUACAACGUGCUCUUCACUGCUUUGCCUCCUCUGACUCUGGGCAUCUUCGAACGCUCCUGCAGGAAAGAGAACAUGCUUAAAUAUCCUGAACUCUACAAAACCUCCCAGAAUGCAAUGGGCUUCAACACCAAGGUCUUCUGGGCUCAUUGUCUGAAUGGCCUGUUUCACUCAGUCAUCCUCUUCUGGUUUCCCCUCAAGGCCUUCCAGCACGAUACUGUCUUUGGAAACGGAAAGACACCAGACUAUCUCCUCUUAGGCAACAUGGUUUAUACAUUUGUGGUGAUCACAGUGUGUCUGAAGGCUGGGCUGGAGACAUCGUCCUGGACCAUGUUCAGUCACAUUGCCAUCUGGGGCAGCAUUGGAUUGUGGAUAGUCUUCUUUGGCAUCUACUCCUCACUAUGGCCUCUGAUUCCUCUGGCCCCGGAUAUGUCAGGAGAGGCGGACAUGAUGUUCAGUUCAGGAGUCUUCUGGAUGGGUCUGAUCUUCAUUCCCAUCACCUCUCUGGUGUUUGAUGUGGCCUACAAAGUUAUGAAAAAGGUGUGCUUUAAGACCCUGGUUGAUGAGGUGCAGGAGUUGGAGGCACUGUCGAAAGAUCCAGGAGCUGUGGUGCAUGGGAAGAGUUUGACUGAGAGAGCCCAGCUCCUGAAGAACGUCUUUAAGAAGAGUACCGUCAGUCUGUACCGGUCCGACUCCAUGCAGCAGAAUCUACUCCGUACGUCAACGACACACAUGUGCUUUGCCACCCACAAGCACAUGGAUGCAGACACACCUAUAUGUUCUUCACAACGCAGACAUCACAGACAGACUCAUGCAGAAUCACUGAUGCACACACACCCUACCAUCCCCAUCUGCAGCAACGAAAUGCAGGUUCACUCUCAAACGCAAGGGCUUAUGGAUGUGCAACUGCAGACACUCACAGAUGUACAAAUCUGAACCAAACCCCAUGAAAAUUAGGUGAGGAUGGUUGUUCUUGACAGCUGUGGAUAGUAACUAAUGUAGUCAUCAUAUUACUUGAAAUCAACAGCUGCAUUAACAAUGUACAAGAUGGCACCAGUCGUAGGGUUCCUUCUUAGGCAGCUGUUAUUUGGGCACGGGGACUCAAAUCUCAUGUUUUAUCAGGGAAUAACUUGCACUUCCGUGUUAAAUCUGGAGAAUUUUGCUGAGGAUAUCGCAGUCCAGAUUUGACUGAUUAUUGAAGCGCAUUCAUGAGUUCAUAAUAUGUACAGUCACAAAGUUCACACACAUGCACACAGUCUUAUCAAAUUACUAACAUUUCCUUCCUGGAUAUGCUGUUAUACUACACUUCCAGUUUUCAUGUGCUUCCUUUCAGUGGUUUUCAACUGGUGAGCUACAGGUCUGCUUGAGGUUGCA